AUGCGCCCUGAUAAGCCACGCGAUGCUGUCGCCGGGCCAGACGCCGGCCCCGAAGCUCCGUACCCCAAAGACCUAGGAAUUCCCACCGCGAACAUCCCCGCAGACAAUCUGUCCGUGGAGCACCCGGAUCUGACCACUGGCGUCUACUACGGCGUGGUCGCGCUGGACCCGAAGAAAUUCGUCCCCGACGGCGCCGAAGCCACGGCGCAAACGACUCUCUUCCCGGCCGUCCUGAGCAUUGGGUAUAACCCGUUCUAUAAGAAUGAAGUGCGGUCUGUGGAAAUCCAUAUCAUGCCUCCCCUCACACAGCCGUCCCCGACGGCGGUGCCGCAACCGAAGUUCCACCGACUGCCGGAUUUCUACGGCACGGAGCUGCAUCUGCUGAUUCUGGGGUAUAUUCGGCCGGAGUUCGACUAUGUUUCAAUGGAGGCGUUGAUCGAGGAUAUUCGGGUGGAUUGUGAGGUGGCGAGACAGAGUCUCUUGCGGGAGGCGUAUCAGCGGUAUCUGGUUGAUGAUGGGAAGGCGUCGGAGGAAGUUAAUGCUGCCCGCAAUUGGCUGGUCAGCUUUCCGUGA